AUGGCAACUAUUUCGGCAGACUCUACUCAGGCGAUUGCCACCGCCGUCGAGGGUGCCCACUCGGCCUAUCUGGACGACACUCUCGACAACCUGGCCUACAAGCACAAGACACUCUACGCCCUCUUCUCGCUACUGCAAGCCGAGGGUACCCCACUUGUCGGCAGCAAUGCCCAGCUCACCGGAGAGCUGGGCCAUACACUGCUCGUCAUUAAGGAGGCCAUCAACAGCCUCCCCAGGCGCCUGACGGCCGACUUUAACGAGCGGCAAACCCUCUCUGACGUCAAGAAACUGUCGGGGCGACGAAGUCGGGCGUUGGGUGUGGUCGCCAUCGUAACGGACAGCGCACAGCCAUUCGCAAGCUGGGCUGUGCCAUUCGUACAGAGCGUGUUGGACGGCAAUGCGGUCCUGUUCAUCGCCACGCCGGGUUCGGCACUGGUUCUCGGCCAAGUUCCGGAUCACUACAAUAACAAUGCGGCCUACCCCGUCAUCUGGAAUGAAAACCCUGCCUCGGUUGUGGGCAAGCUCCCAGUGGCCAACACGAUCUCGGGCCCCCAGGUUUGGGUUUCCGCCCUCGUGUGUCCAUCAGACGCACUUCCUCGGGCGGUUGAACUCCCGGUCUCCUCUCGCACCAGACCGUUCGCCAUCGCCCCGCUCCCCACAGGGAGUGUGCCCAUUAUUGUGGACCAGUCUGUGCUCCCCAACGGGACGGCGUUGACCCCCGCACAAGAGGCGGCUGGUACCGUUCCGUCCAAAGUCGUGGCGACUGCCAAAGCCAUUGCAAGAGCACUCGAGCAGACUGGCCGUGGCGGGCUUGGGGCCCCACGGUUCCUCCUGGUUCACGAGAACAUUGCGAAGCCCCUACUCCGCGCCCUUCAGCAAGCCCUCCCGGCGGACAUCAAGACCGAAGAGCAGCCCCUGCUGGAAAACAUGUCCAAGAUUCAAGCAUUCCUCAGCACCCGCCCCGCACAAUCGCGGUCGACCUCCCAGUUCCUCCCAAUAUACACUGUACGGAGCCUUGACGGUGCCAUCGACUUUGUUCAGAACAGCAUUCCGACUCCAUCGACUGCGUAUGUGUUCGCCGCCAAGCGCUUUGCCGCGUACGCCUUCAACUUUCUCAAGGAACUGCCCGCGGUAUACCUCAACACAUUCUUAGGGGGUUAG